AUGGGAGCUCGAUGUUAUAGGACUUAUAGCAGGGUCGUCGAUGCUCAAGUGACGUUCAGCGGCAGCCGCAACAGGCGACCGCGGAGAGUUGCCUCAGGCGACAAGAGCCACGGCAGCAAGGCCGCCAGGCGGUACGGUAAUUACGGUGAGGUAAGGCACCACAUCAAUCCUCUCGCCCUCUCUCUCGUCAUGUUCAGGAACAACUACGACAAUGACGCAGUCACCUUCUCCCCACAGGGUCGGAUAUUCCAAGUAGAAUAUGCACAAGAAGCAGUCAAGCAGGGAUCCGUGGUGGUGGGGUUGGUCAACAAGACACAUUCAGUUCUGGUUGGAUUGAAACGGAAUGCCGAAGAGCUCUCCUCGUACCAGAAGAAAAUCAUUGAAAUCGACUCCCAUAUGGGCGUCGCGAUUGCUGGACUAGCAUCGGAUGCCCGUGUACUUUCCAACUAUAUGAAGCAACAGUCUCUUGGCUCCCGGAUGUCCUACGGCCGACCCAUCCCCGUGGACCGCAUCGUCACUCAGAUUGCCGACCGGGCCCAAACAAACACCCAGCAUUACGGGAAGCGGCCAUAUGGCGUUGGCCUGCUAGUGGCCGGAGUCGAUGAGUCUGGCCCCCAUUUGUUCGAGUUCCAGCCAUCCGGCAUGAUCCACGAGAUGCUGGCGUGCGCCAUCGGAGCCCGCUCCCAGAUGGCCCGGACUUACCUGGAACGGAAUCUGGACGAGAUCUCGAAAAGCACCCGCGACGAGCUUAUCACCCACGGCCUGCGUGCGCUCAAGGAGACCUUGUCCCAAGACAAGGAACUGACGGUGGACAACACCUCGGUGGGAGUGGUGGGACUCGCGGGAGAAGGGGCUAAGGGGAAGAUCGAGAGCUUCAAGCUAUACGAAGGCCAGGAGCUGGUACCGCUGCUGGAGGCAGUGGAGCGAUCGGAUUCGGGCGAGACGAAAGAAGGAGAGGAGACGAUGGAGAUCGAUUCAUAG